AGCAAUUGCCGUGCUUUUCGUUCCUACCCGAACGGGAAGUGGCAGGCUAUCAGCCACGUACCACAAUGCUGGUAGGAAUCAUCUUGGUCUUUCUCGUCACCUUGGGGCUUCCCUCGGUGGCGGCAACCUGCAAUGUCAACUCCCAGUCCAUCACGCGCGUCAUCGGCUACUAUGACUCCAGUGCAGUCUCCAGACCCUGCGCAGCAAUGAUGCCAUAUUUCUUUCCCCAGGGCAUCUACUCACACAUCUACUUCGCCUCUGGCAGCAUUCACCCAGACACAUUCGAAGUCAUCCCAUCCGCUGAACGCGACAAGAAGCUGUACACGUACCUAUCGGCGCUCUAUAUGCGCGACCUAGGCCAGGAGCUAUGGCUCUCCAUUGGGGGGUGGGCUUUCUCCAGUCAUGGCGCCCCAACAGCCACGACAUUCUCCGACCUCGCUGCAGCUGAUAUUAACCAGCAAAAUGUGUUCUUUCGGUCUCUGUCCCGCUUUAUGCACACGUAUCAUUUUGUCGGGGUUGAUAUCGACUGGCAAUAUCCCGUUGCGGCUGGGCGUGCGGAAGACUACGUCAAUUACCCCAAGUUCCUAGCCAAUUUGAAGGCGGUGUUGGAUGAAUACAAGUUCGGUCUCUCGAUAACCCUGCCUACAAGCGACCAUUACUUGCAGCAUUUCGACCUAGCUGCGAUCGAGCCCUCAGUGGACUGGUUCAAUUUCAUGACCUACGACCUGCACGGCACCGGGCAGAUUGGCGACGAGUGGACCGGGGCCAUAAAUGCCCAUACAAACCUAACCGAAAUCAGAAACUCCCUCAACCUCCUCUGGCACAGAAACAUCCCCCCAUUCAAAGUCAACAUGGGCAUAUCUUUCCACGGCCGCAGUUACACCCUCUCCGACCCCUCAUGCACAGAACCCGGCUGCCCAUUUCUUUCAGGCGGAGAUGCGGGUGAAUGCAGCAUGUCAGCCGGUACCCUCUUCAACAGCGAGAUCAACCGAAGGAUCCACCAAGACAACCUCAUCCCAACCCUCGACAGCACCGCAGCCAUCAAAACCCUCACCUUCCCCACCGACCAAUGGCUCUCCUACGACGACGAAGAUACAUUUAAACUCAAAGCCGACUUCGCCAAAUCCCAAUGUCUAGGGGGCGUGUUUGUCCGCUCUGUCGAUGAAGAUGACCGGAAUCAUACCUUUUCCAAAGGAUUAAUGGCGGCAUUGGGCAACGAGCUCAAUCUGGACCUCAAAACAGGUCUGACUAAAGUUGCUUUUAAUGAGAAAUCGACGACAGCGGGGAGUAGAAGCCAGUCGAGUCAGAAUCAGUACUGCCGGUUUGCGAAUUGCGGGGCUGCUUGUCCGAAUGGGUUUACGGAGGUUGUUCGGGCUGAUGAACCGGAGCAGAUUAUGCAGGAUUCGAUGGGGGGUUCUGCAGCCUCGGAGCAGACACGGACUCUGUGCUGUCCGACCUCUGGCAAGGUGCCGACUUGUCAGUGGCGGGGUGCCCUGGAGACAGGGGGGUGUACAGGAGGGUGUAACAGCGACGAGGCUGAAGUGGGGACUAGUAUAGCAGGUUGUACUUCUGGUUAUCAAUCAGCCUGCUGUAGCAUCACUAAAUCUACUGAGCCCUGGGCCCAGUGUAAGUGGUCCCAAACAUGCCAAAGCGAUGAUACCUGUCCAUCGGGCUACAACCACUUCGUGGUAGGCUCACGUCGGGGAUCUGGUGGUCGCCAGUCGUGCAAUGGCGAGGAACACUACAAUUACUGCUGCUCAGGCUCAUCAGUACCGGAUAUAUUUUCCAAGUGCGAGUGGACGACACGUUCCAAUGGUGACGAUUGCAGUGGCAGCUGUCCAGCUGACUCGGUACGCGUUGCUGGGCAGUCUGUGUUCUUGUCUGGUACCGAAUCUGGCUGUUCCUUUGGCAGUGAGGUGUAUUGUUGCUCCGGUGGGAAGGUUCCAAAUACGCACACCCCCGUCUCGGCCGUUCACAAAGAGCAGACGGCAGAGGAGUUCAGGGGUUAUCUCCAGCAGUUCUUGGCGAAUCCGGUCAUCCCGGAGGGAUGGGCUGAUCGGGUGGUUGAGAGGCUGUAGGAAUAUGAUGGGCUAGACUAUAUAUGCUAUGUAGAGUUUCAUUACGGAGUAUAGCGGUAGGAAUUAUGAGAGUCGGGAUGCUUACUCGGCCACCCCAGGCGAAGGAGGGACGCCUGUAUCUUGGGUGGUAGUAACAGUCAUGCUUGUGCCAAAAUACAC